AUGGGCAAACACUAUACCCUGUACGAUCAGGAUCACGUGGGCGGCUCCCACGAGCGUCCUGGUCUGUCCCGGUCGCUCAAAAACUCCCUCCGUCGUGUUUGGGUGAAAAGACUGACCGGAACACCCACCACCAUAAUGGUCGGGCCCGACCAAUUGAUAGACGAUUUGAAGCAGGCCGUCGUGAACAAGUUCCCGAACUCUUUGGCGAGACACUUUGAUCCGGCAGAAAUCCAGAUAUUGGUGCGUGUGAGUGGCAGAGAGAAUACCACUUCCGGAAGACGAACUAAUAAGAAAAAGCCCGCGCGAAAUCCGGCCCUGAGUAGCGAGGACGUAGCUAAGAGCUCGCAGGAGUGGCAGGACCAGGACUCGGUGGUGGCGUUGGCUCCAGACCAGAUUGUGUGGGACGUAAUUAAUGAGUACUGGGGAGGAGCCAUGUCUAUAGAAGAUGCGUUUAUUGUAGAUGCCGAUGCGAACGAGACCAUGCCUCCGGUUCCGCCCAUCCGGCGCGGUCUUGAAGACCCGUAUCCGCCGUAUUUCGAGCAGGAUGCCAACAAGCUGGCCGAGAAGUUGCCGUUGCUGCAGCUGCGACUUACCGAUGCCCGUUCUCCCUCGAGCGCGCCGGAGCAGCUCUACCAUCAUCCGAGACCACAAUACCCCGCCGGCAACAAUCAUCUAAAAAACAAGACGCUCCUGGCGUCGCCUAAUUUCGGUACCCGCAUGGGUCUGCUGGUGUUCUCCACUUCUACUGUUCCUGGGAAACACUCGACCAUAAUUCCUUCUAGCUCUCCUGGUCCAUACAACCAGCCUAACAAGUUAUUGACGUCACAGCCGGUGCUUCUUCUACCUAAGAAUUUCUCUCUAGGGGACCAGAACGGCCAGAAACCUGCUCCGUUCGAUGAGCACAAGAGUAAUGUGUCUAAUGUCGGGAUAAAACAGAGCCGUAGCAGUUCUCAUGAAACCUCUCAUAAACCCCAUCCACACGAUUUGGAGAAGUCGACCCUGAUGUCAAAGCGCAUCUCGGAAGGCAAUGGAUCCACCAACUCCUCUGCAGACGGCCAUCCACAAGAUCAACUGCUCAAGGCAAUACCACUCAGUGCAUCUAGUAGCAAGAACCAUGUUACUGGAAGCGUGACACGUUCGCUUGAUGCCAAGUCGUCGAAAUUGAAGAAUAAAACACCACUUUCCACGUUCGAGAAAGUGUUGCCGCUGAUCUCCGUAUUGGUGGUGGAAGAUAACUCCAUUAAUCAAGCCAUUUUGGGUGCAUUCUUGCGGAAACACAAGAUUCACUAUCAUAUAGCCAAGAAUGGACAGGAGGCCGUUGACAAAUGGCGCAAGGGAGGAUUCCAUUUGGUCCUUAUGGAUAUUCAAUUGCCUGUCAAGUCAGGUAUUGAGGCCACCAAGGAGAUCAGAAAUCUUGAGAAAAUCAACCGAAUCGGAGUUUUCGCACAGCAUGAACUAGUGGGUGCAGUCGGCGGUCAGGGUCAAGAGGAGCUUACCGAUGACCAAAAGCUCGACCUUGAUCUCUUCAGAUCGCCAGUGAUCAUCGUGGCGCUCACUGCGUCUUCCAACUCGUCUGUGGAUAAGAAGAAUGCUUUGACAGCAGGCUGCAAUGACUUCUUAACCAAGCCUGUAAAUCUUGUGUGGCUUCAGAAUAAGAUCACCGAGUGGGGAUGCAUGCAAGCAUUAAUUGAUUUCGAUGGGUGGAAGGAUAAACGGACCCUGACCCUUGGAUCCUCUGGGAAGGACGUCAAGGCAGGGAAGUAA